UGGUGCGAGGGAGAGAGAGAGAGAGAGACAGAUACACACGCAGAGAGAGAGAGAGAGAGAGACGGAGCGCGCGAGUGAGCGAGGCGGAACGGAGCGAAAAGAGAGGAAGAGACGCGCUUCGCAGCUCUGCCGCAGCCGGGACUUCGCCGCGGCGCUUGGCCAACAAGCCGCGCGGCCGCCCAAGCGCCUCCCGCAUUCAGCCACACUUUUCCCUACCGCGAUUUCCCCUGCAACCCCUCUUGCUCUCCCCUUAAUUGGAGCCGGUUCCGCCGGUCCUCCCCGCAUCCCUCUCCGUCCCCUCCCGCCCUUUCUCUCUCUCUCUCUCUCUCUCUCUCUCCCCCGUCUCUUUUUCGACUCCCCGGUCCUCCUCCAACGCCUCUUCCAGCGGCCCUUCCGAGUCCCCUGCAGACCUCGCUAACUUGUGGCUGUUGUGAUGCGUAUUCCCGUAGAUCCCAGCACCAGCAGGAGGUUCAGCCCCCCUUCCAGCAGCCUGCAGCCCGGAAAGAUGAGCGAAGUCAGCCCGGUGGUGGCGGCAGCCCAGCAGCAGCAGCAGCAACAACAGCAGCAGCAGCAGCAGCAACAGCAGCACCAGGAGGCGGCGGCAGUGGCGGCGGUGCCCAGGCUUCGCCCGCACGAUAACCGCACCAUGGUGGAGAUCAUCGCCGACCACCCGGCCGAGCUGGUCCGCACUGACAGCCCGAACUUCUUGUGCUCCGUGCUGCCUUCACACUGGCGCUGCAACAAAACUCUCCCGGUGGCAUUCAAGGUGGUGGCUUUAGGAGAAGUCCCUGAUGGGACAGUGGUCACAGUCAUGGCUGGAAAUGAUGAAAAUUAUUCUGCAGAGCUGAGGAAUGCCUCAGCUGUAAUGAAGAAUCAAGUGGCGCGGUUUAAUGACCUGAGAUUCGUUGGCAGAAGUGGAAGAGGGAAAAGUUUUACUCUAACAAUAACUGUCCUUACAAAUCCUCCUCAAGUUGCUACAUAUCACAGAGCUAUAAAAGUGACAGUAGAUGGACCAAGGGAACCACGGAGGCACAGACAGAAGCUUGAUGACUCUAAACCUAGUUUGUUCUCAGAACGUCUCAGUGAUUUAGGGCGCAUUCCUCAUUCCAGUAUGAGAGUAGGGGUCCCGACUCAGAGCCCACGGCCCCCCUUGAACUCUGCACCAAGCCCUUUUAAUCCACAAGGACAGAGUCAGAUUACAGACCCCAGACAAGCACAGUCAUCCCCUCCAUGGUCCUAUGACCAGUCUUACCCAUCAUAUUUGAGCCAGAUGACUUCACCAUCCAUUCAUUCCACAACUCCCUUGUCCUCCACACGAGGUACAGGGCUUCCUGCCAUCACCGAUGUGCCCAGACGGCUCUCAGGUGCUUCAGAGCUGAGCCCAUUUUCAGAUCCCAGGCAGUUUACAAGCAUUUCAUCCCUCACUGAGAGCCGCUUCUCCAACCCACGAAUGCACUAUCCAGCCACCUUCACUUAUACACCGCCAGUCACUUCAGGCAUGUCAUUGGGUAUGUCAGCCACCACUCAUUACCAUACCUACUUACCGCCACCUUAUCCGGGCUCUUCCCAAAACCAAAGUGGACCAUUCCAGACCAGCAGUACUCCAUAUCUCUACUAUGGCACAUCAUCAGGAUCAUACCAGUUCCCCAUGGUGCCGGGGGGAGACCGUUCCCCCUCCAGAAUGCUUCCUCCCUGUACCACCACAUCCAACGGCAGCACAUUAUUAAACCCUAACUUGCCUACCCAGAAUGAUGGUGUGGAGGCUGAUGGAAGCCACAGCAGCUCCCCAACAGUCUUGAAUUCUAGUGGCAGAAUGGAUGAGUCUGUCUGGAGGCCUUACUGAAAUUUUCUCUGCGGAGCGUAAAAUCUGUCAGACAGAAAGCAAACCAAUAAACAAACGAUUGUCAGCUGAUUAUAAAGUGCCUGAUUUUUUGUUUUGUUUUUGUUUUCGAAAUAGAUUCUGUUAAUAUGUGCAACUAAGUAGCUGAGAUGUUAACAGCUAAUUACAUGCAUACGACAUGAGACUGACUUUCCACAUCAUAAUUCCAGUCAAUGUGGAUCAAAGCACAGUUUUUUUUUCCUCCUGGGAAUGUUGUCUCAGUUUUAUAUUUUAAAAUAUAAUGAUCCAACCCCAAAAGAUGCCCAUUCUGUCUAGACUCCUUUAAAAAAAAGCGAGUUCUUUUGCCAAGAGAGGAGACAUGGACUUCUGCCAAUUGUCAAGGCAACGCCUGUGCUUUAUUUGUUGUCCAAAUAAACAGAAGCAUCUUGAACUUCAGGUACGGUUGCAGUCAUACAAUCUCUAGGACCCUCAUGCAUGCACAGUGUAAUUCACUCCGUGUGUUUGUGCACACAGAAAAAAAAUGCUUCCAUUUAUACCAGAAUAUCUUCAGCUUACAGUAACUCCUCAACCAUCUUAUCAAAGUCUUCCCUCUGAUGAAAGAGAAAACUUUUGAAUCUUUCUUCUUCUUUUGCUGAAAUAGCACCCUAUAAGGUACCAAGACAAACUUGUUUGUUUUGUGUUAUACAUUUUUGUGAUUACCUUUGCCUUAGUCAAGUUAACCAAAAAAAUUCUUGGGGGAAAAUGUCCCCCAAACAAAACAAAACAAAACAAAACAAAAAACAAACUAAUAAACAAACCAAAUUCUAACUUCUUAUGCAAGGAAAAAAAAGAGAAUGGCAAUAUAUCGUACUCAAACCAAAACAGUAUCAGUAGUAUGUGUGUGUGGCUAUCUUGUUUUAUUUUAUUAAGUUAUAAAUGUGUACAAAAUUGAGGUUAUAUGCAAAAAAUGAAUUGUCAUAUAAUUUUAAAGAAAUAUUUAUAAUUAUUUAAUAAUGUUUGGUCCCUUUAAGGUUUUUUAUAAUGUAAUGAUAUGUUGACUUCGGUCUCUAAAAAUGUCUGUUGUUUUUAAAUUGUGGCAGCCUUUGACUGGUACAGAAUAUCAGACCAUGCAUGAACUCUGAAAAGCAGUUCCAGUAUAAACUAUCUGCAAUAUGUAUUUUUUUAAAAAAUAAUAAUAAUUAAAUGCUUCCAUCUCUAAAGAAUUCAGGUAUAAUCAUACAUUGGCUUAAUUUAUGAAGGAGGUACUGCUUUAAUUGUAACUGAAUAUUGGGUUGUCUUUUUUUAACCUGGUAAAAAUUAACUGGAAACAGAUUGAACAGGCAUUAUUUUGAAUACAUUACUCUACAAUCCCUCCAGGAGGUGGGAUCUAGAAGUCCAUGUGGACACUUCUGCUCUUAACACAGAGCCUUUUCAUCUCUGCCCUCCCCAAGGCUGCCCUCUGCACUGCAAAGCUCUGUUCCUCAAGAUUGGGGCCUUUAGUAGGAGGGUUUCCUGUCAAGCAAAAGAGACACACAUACAUUUCAAAUAUACAUUUAUCUUAUAUACAUAUGUUUUAAUCCCAGCCAGCUUCAUCUGGUGGAAUUCAAAAGUUUUCCAUGUUUUUCAAUCAGCAUUUGGGAAACAGUAAAACAGCCCUGCAUUGGCGCAAGGAAGGUUCUCCAAGAGACAUUUCAGAAUCCACCCCCUUACCUGAAAUCAGUAGCUUUCUGUUUAAGAACUCUUAAAUUAUUUUUUUCAGGAACUAUACAUUAUGUUACAAGGCAUUGUAUUAAACUGGAAUAAGCACACGUGAACUGCUGCAGAGGCCCUCUGCAGUUCAAUGCUGCUCCAGCAUCUGGCAACAUAGAGUAGCUGAAGGUUGAUGAUAGAAGACAGUGUUUUCAUAAAGUCAGGCUCUGCUUCCAUAAUUGAAAAACAUGAUUAUUCCUGAAGCUCUUAAAAUCAAUCAUCCAACAUUUACCAUUUAUCAUUUUUGCUGGUAAGCAAGGCAAAUUAGUUCCUUGGCAAGUAAGUGUCUUUGUCCCCAAUUAUUCUGUAGUCUUUGACAAUUCUUAUUUAGACUCAUGGUAGAUAGAAUUUGGCACUUUACACGAAAUCCAGCAACUUGUAGCUUUGUACAGAGGCCCAAAUGAAACAAGAUGUGGGGAUGUGAAUGAAAGGUAGGGAGUACUGAAGCUCUUUAAAAGAAGGUGUCACUUUCUUGAAAUUCCUUGUCUUUCUAGCCUCUAUUUUGAUCUCCUUUGUGCUGUCUUUAGCUUGAACUGUGUGCAACAGUCUUUUCCAUGGAUUGUGAUACCGCUGAAAAUAAGGAUAGUUAGAUGUAGUAUCUUUUGAACACCCAGUCAAUAAGAAAAUGGACAAUAGAGUUGGCAAUUUCAAUGACGGCUGAUAGCUAAGACAGCCCAAAGAAUGAUUCUACAUCCCCAUGAAUUAUUAUUAUUGGCAAAUUAAUAUAAUUCAUUUGCUCCUUUGGAAAAAUUAUUGCCUUCUAAAGGUUAACGAUCAAGUCCCCUUUUUAUAAAUAGGAGAGGCUUUCCUGAUGUGUAAUUUUCUUCCGAAGUUGGAACUUGCUAUUGAUCCUAUUUAUUGUUUGCGGUAGCUUGAAGCAUACCCUUGUCCAGUGAUUUUUAUCUGUAAGAUAAGUAUGUUCAUUUCAGCAGCACUUAAAAAUGCUAGUGUCUGGUUACACAUUUCAAGUUGGAAUAUUGUUGAUUAAGCAAACCAAAAUAAGGACAUGAAUUGCCAGUGCAAAUGCUGUUGUGUAUUUAAUAAAAGGUACUAUAUUUGUACAUUAUUUUUAUUGCUGAGAAGGCCUUUUAAAAGAUAUACUAUAUGCAUCUUAAAUAAUUUUGUAGGGAUUUUUUUUUGUUGCUACAGGGGCUGCAGGCAGCAACCCAAAUGCAUUUAAAAAGAAAGGAAGAAAGAAAGACAUUCUUGUACAAUUUCAAUACUGCUUUAUAUUUCUGGAUUUAAUUCAGCAUAGAUCAUUUUUUUUAUAUUCUGUUCUGUAGCUUCAGUAAUGUUUAUAUAUCACAUUUUUGGGAUUAUUUGGGAUUAAAAUUCCAGAUUGCUCAGGUGUGCAAUUUUGCUUGCCCCAAAACAUGUCCAGUUCAUGCCCUUCUACUGUUGACCACACCAAUGAAAUAAUUUGCUUUACAGUUCAGAGUAACCAAUAAUAAGAGAGUCAUAAGCACCUUUGAUAUAAGCACAAAGCCCUUCUUUAGAGUCUUUCAUGUUUUAAGUGUGCCUUAAAAAGCUCUCAGUUGGAAACAUCUUUAUCCAUCUUGGGAGAUACCUAAUGUUUUGAUGGCAUCAGGAGAAAAAUAAGCUAAAGUUCAAGCUUUACAGUUACUAUAAUGUUUCUUCUGUAUGUCACCCAUCUCUCCUUCCAAGUUCAUUUUAUUUUGAUGCAGGAAGGGAAAGUGGGAUGACAUUAGCAUUAUGGGCUGUAGUUAGAGUCUCAAGUCCACAAGAAAGGUUGGUCCAGUUUAUAGUGUUAAAAUGCUUGUGCAGACAUCUUUACGGAGUCUGUAUAAGAAUUUACAGAGAGAUUUUUCAAGUCUUUGGCCUUGGAUAAAACACAGAAUUCACUUGGGCACGGUGAAUCCAAAGUUUAUUGGUAUAAAACAGGCACUAGCGACUAGGCCAUGAAAAAACCCCUGUCACAGCAUCUGGGAUGUUGCUCCAUUGAAUCUGACUCUAAGCUAGCAGUCCCUGGGCAUGGAUUUGCUAGCCAUUAUCUCCUCCUCCCUUCUCGCCAGGCUUCAUCAAGGAGAGAUUUUUGCACUGUCAAGUUUGCCUGAUAAGUUUGCCCUCCUUUUUUGCUGGAGCCUCCAUUUCAGUCCUGGUGAGGUCAUGCAUCAGGACUCUGAGAAAAGCCAUGAACAAAAGCAAUAAUUUAAACAUAAAUAAAAUAUAAACCAAAGGAAAUACUGUUUUCUAAGAGCUUUAUUUCUGUGAUAACAUUUCAUUUCAGUAUGUUUGACCUGUCAUUUUGCCAUUUAAGUUCAUUGCAAUAUUUUUAAAUAGAUCAGCCAGAAAUCAUAUUUUACAGUACAUUUUGUUUCCUAGGUACACUAAGCAAUAUUCCACAGUAUUUUUUUGCUUAAAUAUGUUUUACCAGUCUUGAAUUUCUGCUGGAGCAAAAUAUUUGUAGCAUUUCCUGUAAAUACAAGCUUUAAUUUCUUUCAUUUUCCCCCAAUUGCUGUUGUCCAAGAAUUGCUUUCCAUGCACGGAUUGUACAAACACAUUCUUUUUCCUUUUUUUUUUGUGCCGCAGACAGCGAUUGUGGAAGGGAAGGGUUUACUUUAUCUUCAAAGGGACUGUGUGUAUUGUAUGUUGCAACUGUAAAUUGAAUUUGUUUGGCAUUCUCUCAUGAUUGUAAUAUUAAUUUUGAGGUUUGAAUCUCAUUUUCA